UGCUUCUCGAAGCAAACAAUCUCCGGGAUAUGUUCGCCAGCAGAUUCCAACAGGGCGAAAGAUCUCAUUUGGGACAAUCCGCUUGGGCCAGCACCAAUGAUGGCGAUUCGUGGAGUAACUGGACGAUCCAUGAUUCGAUUCAGAUUUGUUUACUGACUGAAGUUGAAAAAUCAUCCGCUUGGCGGAUUGGGCGCUGCUUAGCAUGACCGGAAGCAGUUCUAGCGUCGAUUGGACGCCAUUUUCUUGAGCGGAAUAAUCCGGAUUGCAGCAGGUGGUUACCACUUUUAAUAGCAAAUAUUCAUUCCACGUCUUCAAGUUUGAUUUAAAAAUCAUCUUCUGUUUGCAACUAGUUGUUGUACACUGUGUGCCUCUCAAAAGAAGUGCUACAGGAUAUUUUUUCAAAAUGGGACCGAGUAGUGGGGUGCAGGAAUACUGCUUAAGAUGGAACAACCAUCACAGCACGCUAGUGUCUGUGAUGGAUGCUCUUCUUCAAAAGGGUAGCUUGGUUGAUGUUACAUUGGCUGCCGAAGGAAAGUCUAUUCAAGUGCACCGUUUGGUUUUAUGUGCCUGUUCAAAUUACUUUCAGGAACUACUCUCAUUACAUUGGGAUAAACAAGCUGUUGUAUUCCUAAAAGAUGUCAAGUUUGAUCACUUACAAGCACUGGUAGACUACAUGUACAGGGGAGAAGUAAAUGUAUCCCAGGAUCAACUAGCUGCAUUUCUGAACACAGCAGAGGCCUUAAAAAUCAAAGGAUUAGCCGAUGGGGACAGAGACAGGAAGAAUGAAAAGCGAAUUUUGGAGAAAGCCAUGCGUUCUUCAUCUCCUUCAUCAUCCUCCAUCAGCAGACCCCCUAAAAGAGUUCGCAAACAAUCCAAAGAAGAUACACCUCCCACAGAAAAGACUCAACUACCUCAGCACCAACUGCCUUCUCUCGUCCGCAUUCCACCUACAGCCGCAACUCCUGUCGCAGCGCCCAAUGAUCGAAAUGAAAGCCCCGUCCCUUCCCCAACAGACAGCCGUCCUGAUGACGAUAUGCACUCAAACUCGGCAGCCGACAACCUGAACAUUGAAAUUGACGACGGUGAAGAAUAUUCUAUCGUUGAACCCAAAAUUGAAACGGAACUUGAAGCUGAUUACAGUGGCGGCAGCGGGGAUGAAGAGGACUGGAGUGAUUCCGAGUAUCCAUCCAGGAUCGACGCAUCACGCGGAGAACAAGGCUGGAACGAUGACGCCGAUGGACAUAUGAGCGGAGAAGGACAAGCACAUCUGGAUCAUGUUGACCUGAAUAAUUCUGCAAGAGGAUUAGUCGGCAGGUGGACGAAGCAAACGCACGUUCGCGCACCACCGAAUAUGACCCACCACCUCCACCAGCACGAGGCCACCACUGCCGACGCCAACACCACCACCACCAACACCAAUCGAUCCAAGUCGCGAAAGAAGGUUUUGCCGAACCAGCUGGGCAGGUACGAGUGCCAUCGAUGCGGCCGCUCAUACAACUUGUAUGGCAAUCUGCGACGCCAUUGGCGCUACGACUGCGGCGAUCAGCCACCCCAGUUUGCCUGUUCCCUAUGUGGCCGCCUGUUCCGACGCCGUUCCAAUCUGCGAGCCCACGCCGUCCGCAGCAACUGCCAGCCCCUUACGCCCGUCAACAUUUGAGCGAACGAGGAAAUCUUUACGUGAAAAAGAAAAAUUAAACAAACCGUCCAUUUUCAACGAUUUUUUCCGCAACGGAUAUCCAUUUACCUUUCCUUACACCCCUUUUUUUUCCCCUUAAAUUAUAUAAAUGCUAUGAUCGAUUUUUUUUCAGCUUUUUUUUUUUUUUUUUUGUUGGUUCCAGUUUUUGAUGAUGGACGUACCAAAAUAUGGCCACGUGUUUAUUUAGCUUUGGCCAACGAUGAUUGUGUUUCCGCUGAUGUGAUUCCGGCCGAUUAUCAAAAUGCUUUACCGAUAAUAGUGGUGGUGACGAUCUAAGGAUGAUAUUCCGUGCCCUCCUAAACCUUAUAACGUGUCAUUAUUUUUAAUUUUUUUUUUCUUCUUUUUCUUCUUCCCAUUACGUAUUUGUAAUAUGAUCAUAGGGGAAACCAAGAUAUAGCCCUCCAUUCGUCGUACGCGCAUAAGACUAAAGUUAAGAAAAACGGCCACUGUUGGCUGCAAUCUAAC